AUGACCGCCCCAAAUGUCACGACAUAUCUGAUCACAGGUGCAAACCGAGGCCUCGGUAAGGGACUCGUGUCCGCAUACCUCCUGAAACCCGACAACGUCGUGAUAGCUGCUGUCCGUAACCCGAACGACGCCACCAGCCUCGCGCUCCAGGACCUGCCCAAGCACCCAUCGAGCACCCUGAUCAUCGUCAAGAUCGAAAGCGCAUCCGAGACGGACCCGAAAACGGCCAUCGCCGAACUCCAAUCAAAAUACAACAUCGUCUCUCUGGACGUCGUGGUCGCCAAUGCCGCCAUUUCCCAGAUCUGGCCUGCCGUCGCGGAAGCCAAGGCCGACGACAUGAUGCGGCACUUCCACGUCAACGUGGUGGGCAUUGUCUUCUUGUUCCAGGCCGUCUUGCCGCUUCUUCAAGCUUCAUCUUCAGCUUCACCAGACUCGACGCCGCAGCCCCUGCCGGCCAAGUUCGUGACCAUAACCUCGUCUGCCGGGUCCAUUGGGAACCAAGAGCAGGUCGACGUCCCCAACGCGGCGUACGGCCCGUCCAAGGCCGCGCUGAAUUGGAUCACGAAGAAGAUCCACCUCGAACAUCCGGACAUCAUUGCAUUUCCCCUAGAUCCCGGCUGGGUCCAAACAGACAUGGGCAAUGCAGGUGCAAGGGCGUUUGGCCUGAAGGAGGCGCCUCUCUCGAUCGACGAGAGCAUCAACGGGAUUGUCCAGGUGGUUGACCAUGCGAUUCGGGAGACCUCCGGCAAGUUCAUGAACUACAAAGGUGGUCAACAAGCUUGGUAAUGCCAGAUACACACGGAUGAUGUGCUCAC